GGCGUUCACAGUCAGGAAGUCAUGUCCAGAUCGGGUGAUAGAACAUCCACCUUUGACCCAACACACAGUGACACCCUGCUGCAUGGGCUCAAUCUCUUGUGGAGAAAGCAGCUUUUCUGUGAUGUGACUCUCACUGCCCAGGGACAGCAGUUCCACUGCCACAAAGCAGUACUGGCAUCCUGCUCCCAGUAUUUCAGGUCUCUCUUCUCCUCCCAUAAUGUAAUCAACAACGAGGGGAGCAAAGGAGACCAGGGCAGCAGUGGGACCCCCUCAUCCUCUCCCGAUGACAAGCUGGUGACCCCCAGUGCCAGGCCCAUCAAUAACCUGGUUCUCCAGGGCUGCUCCUCCAUUGGACUACGAUUAGUGCUGGAGUACCUGUACACUGCCAACGUGACUCUUUCCCUGGACACAGUGGAAGAGGUGCUGUCAGUCAGUAAGAUUCUCAACAUCCCCCAGAUUACCAAGCUAAGUGUACAGUUCCUCAACGACCAGAUCUCUGUGCAGAACUACAAGCAGAUCUGCAAGAUUGCUGCACUCCAUGGACUGGAUGAGACCAAGAAGCUGGCCAACAAGUACCUGGUGGAGGAUGUGCUGCUGCUGAACUUUGAGGAGAUGUGUGCCAUGCUAGAUGCUCUGCCACCCCCGGUGGAGUCAGAGCUGGCUCUCUUCCAGAUGUCAGUCCUCUGGCUGGAGCAUGACCGGGAGACUCGUAUGCACUAUGCGCCGGACCUUAUGAAGAGGCUGCGCUUCGCCCUCAUACCUGCCCCGGAGCUUGUGGAGAGGGUGCAGUCUGUUGACUUCAUGAGGACUGACCCUGUGUGCCAGAAACUACUCCUGGAUGCCAUGAACUAUCACCUGAUGCCCUUCAGGCAGCACUGCAGGCAGACCACGGCCAGCAGAAUCCGCUCCAAUAAGAGAAUGCUGUUACUGGUGGGUGGUUUGCCCCCUGGACCUGAUCGUCUCCCCAGCAAUUUGGUCCAGUACUAUGACGAUGAGAAAAAGACAUGGAAGAUCCUCACAAUAAUGCCUUACAACAGCGCCCAUCACUGCGUGGUGGAGGUGGAGAACUUCCUGCUGCUAAUGGGUGGAGAGGACCAGUGGAACCCUAACGGAAAGCACAGCACUAACUUUGUCAGCCGCUAUGAUCCCAGAUUCAACAGUUGGAUACAGCUGCCUCCUAUGCAGGAAAGGAGAGCCAGUUUCUUUGCCUGCCGCCUGGAUAAGCACCUGUACGUGAUUGGUGGUAGGAACGAGACGGGCUACCUCUCCAGCGUGGAAUCCUACAACCUGGAGACUAACGAGUGGAACUACGUGUCGUCUCUGCCGCAGCCGCUGGCCGCCCAUGCAGGAGCGGUGCACAAUGGGAAGAUCUACAUAUCAGGUGGAGUGCACAAUGGAGAGUACGUGUCCUGGCUCUACUGUUAUGACCCCAUAAUGGAUGUGUGGGCUCGGAAACAGGACAUGAACACAAAGCGUGCCAUUCACGCCCUGACUGGAAUGAACGACCGCCUAUAUGCUAUUGGGGGAAACCAUUUAAAAGGUUUCUCCCAUCUAGACGUCAUGUUGGUGGAGUGUUACGACCCGAAGGCUGACCAAUGGAACAUCCUGCAGACACCCAUCCUGGAGGGUCGCAGUGGUCCUGGCUGUGCCAUUUUGGAUGACAACAUCUUCCUCGUUGGGGGCUACAGCUGGAGCAUGGGAGCCUAUAAGUCUUCUACCAUCUGCUACAGCCCAGAGAAAGGAACAUGGACAGAGUUGGAGGGAGAGGUGGCGGAGCCCUUAGCGGGCCCAGCCUGUUCCAACGUCAUACUGCCUGCCUGUCUUCCUUUUAACAAAUGA